AUGGUGAUUUCUAUUUCUGGUUUUGAAUCAGAAGGUUCAGGUGUUUCAGAUUUGAUAGAAGAGUGUGAUGGGGGAGAAGAGGCUGAGGUUCCUGCUUGCUGCUUCCGAAGUUUUUCCUCCUUCUUUAGCUUCCUAGCAGUCUUGUCAAUCUAUGGAUCAAAAAUUAGAUCACUUUGGGAGCGUCUUUUAGCUGCGGAUUUCCCCACUUGUCCUUUACUGACCAGAGAGCUUUUAGCUACCUUGAGUGAAGUCAACAAAGAAGGAAACUUUGCUUUUCACUAUUUUAGCACCCUUCACUCUAUCCACGUUGACCAGUUGUGUACUUUUUUCCAUACACCCAUCACCAACAUGUCUCAGCCGACCGCUGCUUUCAACAUACGCGAUUUUUGGCAUUCCAUCAUAGGAUUGGACCAUUACGAGGCAUCCCAAUCCGUUAAGACCAACAUUGUCCAUCCAGUUCUAAAAACCGCAUUGAAAAUUAUAUGCAACAUUAUUUACACAUUUCAUAGAGUUAUAAACCUCAACACCGAUGGUGCCAUUCGUUGUGGUGAUCCGAUCACACUCAUUACUCGCGCCAUUGCGGAACAGGUUCCCCCAGAGUAUACCUUCUUUUCGGGUCCUGAUGUCAUCGCUUGCGCUGAACCCAUUAGCGAGACUGAGUGGGUUCUUCCGUUGAACAUUCCACCACCUCUUCGCCCACGUCGGUCACAACAGACCCCUGCGCGUCUGUAUCUUGAUAGACCAUCUUCAUCUACUGUGAACCGUGAUUACACGGAUGCCACCCUACUCCGGGCCGUCCACCACCGUGUGUCCGAUAUUGCUGCACUUCAGCAGAAUAUGACUCGUCUCCGCCUAAAUUAUCAACUUUAUAGCACUCAAGUUUCAGGCUUUUGUGAUGAGGUUUUAGGUUAUCGCGAGGACUUCACCGAUUUCUAUGACGAGUUCUUCUAUCACUUUCCAUCCUUUCCAGAGUAG